UCUGGAUCGGAAAGAGAGAGAAAUCAACGUCAUCAGAUCCUGUGUAGAUACCAUGGAGGGAACAAAAAUCGUCCCAAAUCAGACAGAGCUGGACAGAGUGGUUCUUGCUCCAGAUGCAGACAACGUUCUGUGCUACGUUUUCACUUCAGUGGAAAGGGGUGAUACCGACCUUGAUGUGAUGGCCGACUACUUGCACUUCCCUAAAUUAGGAAGUACCAAUGAAGAUCCAUGGUUCUACUCAGCUGAAGUUGUCACCAAAAUGAGACAAAAAGCCAAAGUUGUCCAUCACUUUGCCAAAGAACAGAAGAACAACAGUCGAUUCCGUUUCCUCAUAGCAGCCAUUGCAAACAAGAACUACACAGGAGCAACCAUCUACCAUUACAAGAACGGCCUUCUGGUCUCUGAAGACUUUACAAAGCCUGUCCUCCCUCCUGUGGAGAACAUCACAGACAGAAGAGAUCUGAUCUGGUAUGCCUGUGAUCUCAACCUGGACCCAAACACUGCAAACUACAACCUCAUUCUGUCUGAGGGAAACAAGAAGGUAACACAUGGAGCACGGCAGUCCUACCCUGAUCACCCAGAGAGGUUUACCGAAAUACACCAGGUGUUGUGCAAAGAGAGAUUAUCUGGGCAGCAUUACUGGGAGGUGGAGUGGAGUCAAAAUGGCAAUAGUAAUAUUGCUGUUGCAUACAAGAUAAUUGAAAGAAAUUCAUCCAGUUUAGAGAACCAGUUUGGACGUAAUACCAAAUCGUGGUGUUUUGCAAAUAGAAAUGGGGAGCGUCAUACACUUGUCGCAGUAGAAAAUAAUGAGGACGUGUGGAGCAAACUUGUCCCCUCUGAUGGCUGUAGCAGAGUGGGGGUGUAUCUGGACUGGCCUGCUGGCACUCUGUCCUUCUACAGAGUCUCCUCUAACACACUGAGGCACCUCUACACCUUUCACACCUCAUUCACUGAGCCUGUUUACCCAGGAUUCAUGAUCUAUCAUGAACAAAACUAUGCGUACCUGUGUCCACUUGAAUAGGAGUAAUAACAAAUACUUCUCAGAUUCUUGGUCACUCAAAAAGAAUCUGGGUUUACAUUUAAAGUUUAAGAACAACUAAACAUCACAUUUUAUUUGAACAUGCUUCACAAAUUUAAACAUAUCAAACCAGGGGACCACACAAUUGAUACUAUAAUCAUCGUGUGUGUGUGUUUUUGUGUGUGUUGUGUGGUGUGUGUGUGUGUGUUGUGUGGUGUGUGUUUGUGUGUGUGUGUGUGUGUGUGUGUGGCCCCAGCUUUUUUCUAAACUGGCUGGUACUUCACCAUUUCUACUGUGUAUGUGUAUACUGUGUGAAAAACCUGUAGGUUGAAAUAUAACUCACAGCCAUGUAAAAGAUAGUUUAAUUUAGGUUUUGUUCCUUGUCUUCUUUGUGAACUACUUUUUUUAAAUUGUUCUCAGAAUCUAAGUUUUUCUGUUGAGGACCCGUCUGUACCUCAACCUCCACUUUGGGUUCCAUCAUUGACUACUGUAUUAAUGAGAGAGUUGAUGUUAGAUGUUGAGGACAUUGCUGAUGUUAUAGAGUUGAAGAAAUGUAUUUUCCUGUUAACCAGUUGUUGAUUUGAUGCCCAGCCUUCUUCUCAAACUGGUUAGAGCUUCACAAUCGGUUCCAUCACGUGGUCCACCACAGACCAUUCUUCUUAUUUCAACUUUGUAUUCUACUUCCUGAUCCUUAAAGAGAAAGAGCUUCUAUUGAUACAAUUGCUUUUGUCAACACUAAUCUGUUGAAAUAUAACUCAUAGCUGAUGUAAAACUGAUGAACUUGUUUAGUUGAAAUGAUCGUCUUGGUGAUGGGACAUAAAUGACCUAAAGUGCUUAUGUUUAAUUUAGCAUUUUGUUCCUUUUCUUCUUAGUUUUUUUUUUUGUUAAAUAGUUGUCUUUUCAGAAUACAAGAGGAAUCAUUAGGUUUUUCUUGUAACUCUGUACCUUAGCCUUAACUUUGGGUUGAAGAAAUGUAUUUUCCUGUUAAUCAGCUGUUAUUGAUCCGAUGCCCGGCCUUCUUCUUAAACUGGUCCGUGCUCCACGAGGGUUUAGGGUUAGAUAAUGCCAGAUCAUUAUUUUUAUUAUACCUUUGUAUUCUACAUGCUGAUACAUAAAGAAACAGCUAAUAUUGUUACACAAUUGCUUUUUCAACACAAUGCAAAAAAGUCAUGUAAAAGAAUUGGGGGAAGAGGGGUGUCACUGUUAACAGCAUUUAGCUGCGAACCCUGCUGAUGUUUCAGAGAUGAAGACAUGUCAGAUUCCUGAGACACUGCAACACCUGUUGGACAUGUUGACUCUCUACUUGAGCAGAAUAUUCAAUAAAGUGGAGACCUGACUUCACCACUGUGUGCUACUUUAUUUCUUUUAGAUUAAAACGUUGACUGUACCAAA